CUCCGGGCGGACGCGGGCCUCGGAGAAGACUGGGCGGACGCGGACGCGGGCCGGGCGGCGGAGGGGAGCGGAGCACCGACGGACGCGGGCCGGGGAGAGGAGCCUGGGCGGACGCGGGCCGGGCGGCGGAGGGGAGCGGAGCACCGACGGACGCGGGCCGGGGAGAGGAGCCUGGGCGGACGCGGGCCGGGCGGCGGAGGGGAGCGGAGCACCCGGGAUAGACGCGGGGCGGGUUGGGCACCCGGCGGGCGAGGCCAGGGCGAGGGCACCCGGGGCGGACGCGGGCUCUGUGGAGAAGGAGCCCGGCCCCUGGCCGGCGGGGACGCGGUCAGCGCUGCCCGUCGGCGCGUCCGCGGGCCCGGCCUCGCGUGCGCGCUCCCGCCUUAAUUCCCUUCUGCUGCUCCUGGCUCGCCCGGCACCGCGUCAGGUGGCGGUCGUUGCGGUGUGGCGGUGCGGACAGGCCCGGCCGCGAGCUGUAGGCGGCCCUGGGACUUCGGCGCGCCCUGGUGCCGGGCAGGCAGCCUCUGUCUCUGUCACUGGGCUCCCUGAGCGCGAGGCGACACCUGGCUUCCUCCUGGAGUGUGACAGCUCCGUGCUGGGCCCGCUGCGGGAGCAUCUGGCGCGGCACAGGGUCCGGCGGAAAGUCAUCGUGGAGCCGUGUGCGGACCUGCGCGUGUGGGCGGUGCUUCCCAGCACUCCCCAGGCUAGCGCGGCGCUGCUGCCUAGCACCGCCGCCGAGGCCUCCACCAUCCUCACCCGAGACCCCCGGACUGUGCGCAUGGGGUGGCGGCUCCUCGCCCACGACGAGACCCCGGCCGUGAUGCUCAGCGGUGGCCACCUCGGGGCCCUCCGGGAUUAUCACCGGCACCGCUACCUGCAAGGUGUCCCCGAGGGCAUCCGCGACCUGCCCCCAGGGCUGGCCCUUCCUCUGGAGUCCAACCUGGCCUUCAUGAACGGCGUCAGCUUCGCAAAGGGCUGCUACGUGGGCCAGGAGCUGACGGCGCGCACGCACCACACGGGCGUGGUCCGCAAGCGCCUCUUCCCCGUGCGGCUGGCGGGCCCGCUCCCUGCUGGCGGCCUCAGACCCGGUGCUUCUGUGCUGACUGCUUCCGGGCAGGCAGCCGGCAAGUUCAGGGCUGGCCUGGAGGACGUGGGGCUGGCCCUGCUGUGGUCGGAGCGGAUCAAGGGGCCCCUCCGCGUCCGCACCUCUGAGAGCCAGGAGGUAGCCCUGACCGCGUCAGUGCCGGACUGGUGGCCUGUGGCCCUCAAGUAAGCGUCGCCCCUGCGGGGGACCUGGAUCUCAGCUCCCUGCGGGACACCAGCCCUGCCCCGGGAGCCCACAUGUGGCAUCACCCGCCUGGGGGGCGCUCUGGGUAGGACUCGGGCUGUGGGGGUCGUGCACAGGUGCCGCCAUGCAGAGGGAUGUGCGCUGUCCCCCUGGGGCCGCGGGCUGCGCCCCCAUGCACCUGCGUCUUCUGGGACAGGGAUCCUGGGGGCCAGGGCAGGGGCCAGGUGGGGAAGGCGGCCUUCCUUCCACUGGUGUGCUGUGUCGGUGGGUGUCCCACGUGGCGGCCCAGAGUGAACAUUAAAGUGUGGCCUGCA